UGCAGCGCGUCAUGCAGCUCCAGCUCUAGCAUCCCGGUGUUAAUAGCAACGACGUUUUACGUCAGCUCCUCCAGCACUAUUAUUACCAUCCUUAUAUUUAUUUCUGUGGAAGAACAGAGGGGAUUAAGUGUCGGCGCGGGUGCUGGUUGCCUGUCCUUUCCCCCCGCAGCUCGUCUGGAGGAGGAUGGCCGAGAGCGAGGCGGACACGCCGAGCACACCGAUCGAGUUUGAGAGCAGAUACUUCGAGUUUGACGGGGUGCGACUGCCGCCCUUCUGCAAAGGCAAGAUGGAGGAGAUCGCAGAUUUCUCCCUCAGAAGUAGCGAUAUAUGGAUUGUCACAUAUCCAAAGUCAGGUACCAGUCUUCUCCAGGAAAUAGUGUAUCUGGUGAGUCAGGGAGUAGACCCUGAUGAGAUCGGCCUCAUGAAUAUUGACGAACAGUUGCCUGUCUUAGAAUAUCCACAGCCGGGCCUGGAUAUCAUACAGGAGCUGACAUCGCCUCGCUUGAUAAAAAGCCAUCUUCCCUACCGGUUUCUGCCUACAGCUAUGCACAAGGGAGAGGCCAAGGUGAUCUAUAUGGCUAGAAACCCCAAGGACCUGGUGGUUUCUUACUACCAGUUCCACCGCUGUCUCAGGACAAUGAGUUACCGGGGAACCUUCCAGGAGUUCUGCCGGCGCUUCAUGAAUGACAAAUUGGGAUAUGGUUCCUGGUUUGAACAUGUUCAGGAAUUUUGGGAACAUCGUAUGGAUUCUAAUGUCCUAUUUUUGAAAUAUGAAGAUAUGUACAAGGAUCUGCAGACAAUGGUGGAGCAGUUGGCCAGAUUCCUAGGUGUUUCUUGUGAUAAAGCUCAAGUGGAAGGCAUGGUGGAGAGCUGCAACCAGUUGAUUGAGCAGUGCUGCAAUACUGAGGCCCUGUCCAUCUGCAGGGGUCGUGUGGGUCUGUGGAAAGAUGUCUUCACAGUAGCCAUGAAUGACAAAUUUGAUGCAGCAUACAGACAGAAGAUGGGCAAGUCCGACCUAACGUUUGACUUCUGCCUGUGACUGCCCUGGACUGCUCUCUCCAUCCGGCCCUGCUUCUACUGACGAUACCAGUGCUAACCCUAAGCCAUGCUUGUCAAUCUGAGUGAAUGAGUCAUAAGUUAAAUCAUGUCGUCUAUUACUGGGAUCAAUUGUAAGACUUCUCACAUAAUUCAGUCUUGAACAAUUUAACAAGAUUUUAAAUAUCACAUAUUUGUGGCCUGAAAGAAAUCACUCGAGAAUUCCUUAAAUGUUACUGAAUUUUUCUCAGUCAAUAUUUAAAUCAAGUUUCCUGUCACUCCAGCCUUCAAUAUAUAUUCACACUUCUGUGCAAUGUAAGUGUAUAUUCUGCAAAGCGUUGGACUGGUACUAAUUUUUCAAGGUGAAUAAACCUCAAAGCUCAGAUCCAAUCAUUUGUGUGUAAAUAUCUAUGAUUAGACUCUUCUAAUAAUCACACGUGUGGUGGAAUAUGGUUAAAAACAUCGCUAGGUAGGAACAGAAUAGUUCAUCACACUCUCACGUAGCACUUAUCAAUCACUAUGUUUCAGCUCAAAGUUUUUUUACAUUGAAUAAUUUUUUUAAAGAAAAGUUGAACCCUAAUUUAGUCCAUAUUACUCAGUGCCAUUAUGGAAAAAAACAUUAUUCUUAAAACUACAGACAUUAAGUGGUAGUAGAGUCAUUUGGCCUUUGCAUCUAGAUUCAUCUGAUUUGAAUGAGAAUACCCGUUUUUCUGGAAAGAAUGACGCUAAAAGCCUUAUUUGUGAGAUGAUAAAUGUUUAGUAUGUCCAGGACAAGAGUGGGAAAAACAGAAAAUGUGCAAUUGUUGGAAUAAAACACUACUUAAGAAUGCAUCCAUAUACUGUAUAUAUAUCCAACAUAGAUACAAUUUUGAAUUUCUGGCCUUCAUCACAUUACAAAGUUAAUUUAAUAACCUUUCAUCAAUUAGCAAUGUUGCCAUUCCACUUUCCAACAACUCCAAGACAUUCAAGCAUUGAAAAAGUGAAAACAUGAAGCAUUUCAAAUGUUAUUUUCUUACAUUCUUCCUGUUAACAUGACUUAAAGAGUCAAACAAUGCCGCACAAAACAAAGGAGAUUUUAAGAGAACCAGGAUUAAGUUGUAUAAUUUCUCCAUUAUGGGGGAAAAGGUUAAGGUGGUGCAGGCAGUACUCGAGUUGUAAAAAUAAAUCAGGGGGGGUGGUGGAUUUGAUCAUAUGGGGACAGAUAAUUUGUGCUGAUUACAAAUAAUAUAAUAUAUUACAAAUAAU